AUGAGUGAAACUACCAAAUAUUUUCCUCAAAAGUUUAUGGAAUCUCUGCUGAACAAGCAGAUAGUUAUCAAACUUAAAUGGGAAAACAUUGAAUAUGUCGGCACGUUGAUUUCGUUUGAUGAAAGAAUGAAUAUCCAUCUAUCCGAAACUUCUGAAUAUGUUGGAGGAAAAACAGAAGGCGUCAUGGGCGAUGUUAUUAUUCGCUGUAAUAAUAUUCUUCACAUUCGUGAAAAACCAGAAGUUUAUCCUCCUCCUGUUCAGGCACCUCAAUUAGAAUUCGACGAAGAAGCUCAAUAA